AUGAGUGAGAAGGAGGUAUACGUGAGCGAGAAGGAGGUAUACGUGAGCGAGAAGGAGGUAUACGUGAGCGAGAAGGAGGUAUACGUGAGUGAGAAGGAGGUAUACGUGAGCGAGAAGGAGGUAUACGUGAGCGAGAAGGAGGUAUACGUGAGCGAGAAGGAGGUAUACGUGAGUGAGAAGGAGGUAUACGUGAGCGAGAAGGAGGUAUACGUGAGCGAGAAGGAGGUAUACGUGAGUGAGAACAAACCCAAUAUGAAUUGCCCUGUUGUGACCAGUUCAACCUUGGACUUGGAGGACAAAAUCGACAGCCUCACCUGGUCGGAUCAGAAGGCCGGAGAGCAGGGGGCAUUGUGCAUUACAGGUCCAAACCAGGGCUGUCUGACCAUUGAGCUGGAGCGGGGUCCCCGGGGUUUUGGCUUCAGUCUCAGAGGAGGGACCGAGUACAACAUGGGGCUGUACAUUCUGAGGCUGGCCGAGGAUGGACCUGCACAGCUGGACGGAAGAAUCCAUGUUGGAGAUGAGAUAGUGGAGAUCAAUGGAGAGCCGGCGCGGGGGAUCUCUCACACUCGAGCGAUAGAGCUGAUCCAGUCUGGAGGGAACAAAGUGGUUCUGCUUCUGAGACCCAGAGCAGGCCUGGCUCAAGACAGCAGUCCACGUGAUCCAAAAGUCAUUUCACCUGCUGUCAGCUAUUCGGAAGGAGAGGUGUUCUUCUCCGACUCGUCACCCUCGUCUUCUCCAUAUUCCACUUCUGGGGCUUCCAUCUAUGCUUCCUCCCAUCUCUCUGGCAAACUCAAGCAUUCCCGCAGCUGGGGCACUAAUGUUUCCCCAUCAGGCCUUAGCAGCUCACGCAUUAGCAACUCCAGGACUUUGACUUCUGUGGACGAGGCAAGCGAGUGGGCAGACAAUGAGGCAGAACCAUUGUCCCCUCGUAGGUCUGAGCAAGCCCCAUUUUAUUCCAGGACCAGGCCAGGAAAGGAUGCUAGUAAUCUAACCAGCCCAAAGAAAACUGUGGAUACACCCAAAGCCAAAGAGCAACAUCCCAGUCCUAAAAACACAACAAAUGUGCAAGAGGUGGCACCAAUCAGAAAGAAGACAUCCCCGACCUCAACGAAAACUGCAAACAUCAAGAAGAUAUUACCUCCAGGCAACCAGCAGGAGGCGCUAACCCCACAGCAGCGUGAUCGUCAACAAACUAGGGGAUUAAAGGAGUUUUCCAGUAAAGAGAGCUUAGAUCUUGAAAAGAGAAAUGGCAACCUGGAGAUCAGAGGAUUAGCCCGAGAGAUGGAAAGGAAAGGAGGAGGAGAAAGGACAAUGGCAGGCCACAAGCAAGAGAGUUUCAAAAGGAGGGUUGGGGGAGUAACGCAUCACCACAGGACAGCUCAAAACAUGAACAAACAGAGGAACAGAGAUAGCAGAACAGACUCAGGGCGCAAAGAUGCUAAGAUGAAAACAUCUGAGGAAAAUGGCAUCAGAAAAGAAAUCAAAAGAGAAUCACCAUCGUCUUUUAAGGAUUUAUUAAAAGGGAAAAAGUCUGUAGAUUCUCCCAGAGAGCCCAAAGAGAGAAGCGCCUCCCAUUUCAAAGAGGGCAGUCGGGAGCUCUCCGUCGCCUCUGUUCCAGGGACCCCACAGAGCCCAAAGGGACCUAUUAGCCCCGGCCCUUGGAAAGUGCCAAGCUCAGCCAAAAUCCUCUCUGAAGCCGAGGUCCUCCGUGACCCUUUGUGAAUAUUGAAUCCCGGGCUGUGACUCGAGCUGUGCCAUGGAAUAAUAUUAGCCCGUUUUUAUUUCAGAGUUCUUCCAUAAAGCAGAGGAGUGCAUGAUGGUGCCACUUCAGUGGUCCAUUUACAUAAAAUUUUUCAGACUUACUGUGGCAUGUAGUAGCAUCCUUCUGCCAUGUCUACUGCCUCACAUGUGGGAUUUUGGGGCAUGCUUCGGGCAACGCCAGAGAAAAUCAUAAGAAAUGUGAAUAUGUGCCAACUGCGCUUCACCCAUGAAAAUGCAAAGACUCAUAUGCAACUCAAGACUUUUUCCCCAUUGACAAGUCUCAUAUGGUUUACUUUUUGGAGUCUUGUCUCUUUGAGGGACAGCUUUUCUCAAAUGUUUGCCCAAAUGCAUGCAGUUAAUUCCUGUUCUUUUUACUGCUUUUAACUUCUCAUUUUUCAGCACAAGACAACCCAGCAAGCAUUAAUUUCAUGGGACACUAGACUGUUCUAUUGUAACAGCGUCAUUUAAAAGACCAGAAACUUGUGGUUAGAGAUCUUGUUUACCGUGUGUAUAAUAGCAAAUUUGUGUGUAAUUUAUUGAGAUUAUAUAGAUUAAUAUAUAUGUACAUGUAGCUGUACCAAGCCAUUCCACAUUUUUAUAUAGACUCAAAGAUUUGUCCUAACCCCAUAAGACUGCGCCAUCCUUCCAAUGUAUUCAAGUGGUAGGAAUAACCUUGGAUCUUUGUAGUUCAUGGACUGCUGUACCAAAUUGUUUGCAAUUGCUCAAAAUGUGUCUCAUUGUGGAAUUUAAUAUAUACAUAAUUAUAUAUUUGAAUGUGUCAUGUUUUACAGAUUCUAACUUUUAAACUAUUGAACUCCAUUGCACUGCAUCUGCCCUUGUAGCAUAAAAGAAUGGCAAUGAGAUGUGAAAAUGAAAGCUGUAUUUUAUUUGUGACUUGCUAUGAACAUAUUGCUUUUUCUAAUUAUAGUU